GAAGUAGAAGCAGAGGUGCCAACAUACACCAUCAUCCAGGCAGAUGGCCUGUAUCCUGACGAUGUGGUCGAGCAAAAGAUCUUUGCUCCUCAGCCUGGUCAGAACUACAAGCUAGAAUUCGUCUCAACCGCGCUCUGGCCUACAGGUACCGCCGAAUCGAAGCCAUGGUCUGCUAUCCCUGAAGACCUCCGAAAGCGAACUAAUGGCAUUAUGGUCCUAAAGAUUGGAUUUACGGAAGCUGAUGUGGCAUUGUUCCCAAAUCUGAAGGUCAUUGUACGCAUGGGAGUUGGCUAUGAUCGUCUUGAUCGCGUAGCUUUGGCGAAAGCAGGCGUCACAGUCUGCAACGUCCCAGACUACGGCACGGCUGAGAUUGCAGACCACUCCAUCGGACUUAUGCUUUCUAUGCGACGUGGAAUUCUCCUCCACAACGAACGUCAACGAGCUACUCCUCCCGACCCAUGGAUGCCGAUCGAGACACCACUUGUAGCUCGUCUGCAGCAAUCAACCUUCGGCGUGUUUGGUCUUGGUCGAAUUGGAACAGCUGCAGCUCUAAGAGCGAAAGCUUUCGGUUUUAAUGUUCUCUUCUACGAUCCGUACCUGCCCAACGGGGUUGAUAAGAGCUUGGGCAUGGAAAGAACGAAGGAUGUCAAAGAGCUGUUCCGGAGAAGCAAUGUCCUAAGUUUACACUCGCCCUGCACGAGAGAAACGCGAGGCUAUAUUGGCUAUGAACUGCUGUCACUGCUGCCAAAAGGCGCAGUAUUGGUGAACACCUCGCGUGGAGAAGUUUUGCAGCUCGAUGCCGUGGAACGCUGCCUAAAGGAGAACAUUAUUUCAGGAGCAGGCUUGGACGUUCUACCGGAGGAACCCAUUCCAGAAGACAGGGUACAUCCUCUUGUCCAAGCAUAUCGUAACAAGGAGCCGUGGCUAGAAGGCCGCAUGGUAAUCACUUGUCACACAGCGUUCUACAGCCCGGAAUCAUUUGUCGACAUCCGCGUGAAAAGCUGCGAGACAUUGCGGGAUGUACUCAUAGAUGGGGGCAACAGCAAUGUCAUCACUCUAGAGAUGGAGUAGAUAUUACCACUUCGUUCAGCUUUUUAUACAACACAGAUGGCUAUGGUCCAUCAUUGCAGCACUCCCUCUCAUGGCGCCCUCAAAUUUUCCGGAGUGUCAUCUUGAUGCUUCCAGUCACCCUUCACAAAUUCAGGCAAAACCUUCAAAGCAUCAAACACUCUUACGACAUUUGGAACCUUGCUCAAAUCCACUUCCCACCUCAAGGCAUUUUCAAUAGCUGGGGCCAAACAUACAUCGGCCAGCGUGACCUCAUCCCCCACCGAGUACUUCCCAGCGGUUCCCUUCAAGAAGCUUUCAUAAGCAGUCAAAGGUGACUCCAUCAUUUCCUGAAACCAUUGCUGAUUCGUGACACCUAGACCAUUGAGCCUUUUCACAAUCCUCAGGUUGGUCGGAGGCUGAAUAUCGCAGGCAAUAAUACCAACCAAUUCCCUCACUCGAGCUCGAAGAAGAGGCUGGCUUGCUCGCGGUAGAAGAGGCCGACUCGUUGGGAACGCCUCCUCCAGAAACUCAAGAAUAGCAACCGAUUGUGUGAUCGUCGCUACUGUUUUCCCCGAAGCAUCCCUGACCACGAGAGCUGGAACAAGUCCACUCGGAUUAACCUGAUCGAUAUAUGGCCCUGCCUUCUGCUCUCCUGCUACAAGAUUAACGAACUUGUAGUCAAGUGGAAUGUCCUUGAGAUGACAAGCUGUUCUGACACGACAUGAGCAGGAAGAUCGGAAAUAUGUGUAGAGCGUGAGGCCGAGUUCGCUCA